GUCAAUGUCACUUCGGCUGACAGCCAAUACUUCAAAGCGGCCAAUGUGGAAGAGCCACUCGAAUAUUCCGGGAUAAUAUUUAUUGUGUUCCCGACAGAAUGGCGUUCAAUAUUCACCGUUUUCUUCAAAGAUUCCCAUACCGAAGAUGCAAUUUGACUAGAAACUUCGCAACAGAUAAGUCUGGGCCCAAUGUGGGCAAUGUUAGCAGUCUUGGGAAGGAUGCCUCGCUAGGAAAUGCCAUCCAGGCAAAGGACCCUUCACUGGGAUUUCCGCCGCUUUCGCAGCCUUUGCCCGGCUUGCCGGAGGCUGUCUACGCAACGCCGAGACAUGAGAACAAAACAACACAAGUGACGACCCUUUCGAAUGGACUGAAAGUCGCGUCCGAGGACCACUUUGGGCAAUUCUGCACGAUAGGAGUUGUAAUCAAUUCCGGGCCCAGGUACGAGGUUGCGUAUCCAAGUGGUGUUUCGCAUUUUUUGGAGAAGCUCGCAUUCCACUCCACAGUGCAUUACGAUGACAAGGAUCUUAUACUGAAGCAACUGGAAAACCACGGAGGAAUCUGUGAUUGCCAAAGUUCACGUGACACAUUCAUUUACGCCGCCAGUGCUGACAGCAGAGGUAUCGAGCCGGUGACGAGAGUACUCGCAGAUGUUGUUCUACGACCAAAACUGUCUGAGGAAGAAGUGAAUCUGGCGAGACAAACUGUGCAAUUCGAACUAGAGUCGCUCCGCAUGCGACCGGAACAGGAACCGAUCCUUAUGGAUAUGAUUCAUGCGGCGGGAUACCGCGAAAACACCCUAGGUUUGCCCAAAAUUUGCCCAGAAAAAAACUUGGAAGUGAUCAACAGGAACGUUUUGAUGCAAUACCUGAAAAAUCACCACACGCCGGAUCGAAUGGUGGUGGCCGGCGUUGGUGUCAAGCAUGAUGAGUUGGUCAAAUACGUGGAGAAAUACUUCAUUAAUGAGGAACCGAUUUGGAAAUCUGAAAAAAUCCAGUCAAGUGGGGCUAACAAGGUGGACACUUCGCUUGCGCAAUACACAGGGGGGUUGAAAAUAGAAGAAUGUGAUAUUCCGAUAUACGCCGCGGCCGGAUUGCCCGAGUUAGCGCAUAUCGUAAUCGGUCUCGAAGGCUGUUCGCACCAGGAUGACGACUUCAUCCCGGCCUGUGUUCUUAACAUAAUGAUGGGCGGCGGCGGUUCAUUUUCUGCAGGUGGUCCCGGCAAGGGAAUGUAUACUCGUCUCUACACAAAUGUACUGAAUCGCUACCAUUGGAUGUUCAGCGCAACCGCCUAUAACCAUGCUUAUGCAGACACCGGACUCUUCUGUAUACACGCCAGCGCUCCACCCGCAAAUGUUCGCGAAAUGACAGAGGUAAUCACUCGCGAGUUGGUUUCCAUGGCCUCGCAACCAGACGAACAAGAGCUGAGACGCGCAAAGACUCAACUUCAAUCAAUGUUGCUCAUGAAUUUGGAGACGAGACCCGUUGUGUUCGAAGAUAUCGGCAGACAAGUGCUGGCUACUGGAUCGAGGAACCCGCCAAAACACUAUAUCGACGCAAUUGGAAGAAUAACAAGCAAAGACAUUCAACGCAUUGCUCGGCGUAUCCUCUCAUCGCCCCCGAGUGUUGCUGCACGAGGCGAUAUCAAGAAGCUUCCUGACAUGAAGGACAUUCAAGCUGGAAUUGCACACGCCGAAGGCCGAAUGCCCAACAGUAAGAGGUUGACAUUGUUCAGAUAAUAAUCAAUUUUGUGUAAAUUAAUAUUAAUUCGGGAGAUGUAUUAAAGAAAUUGUCUCGUUGUUGAGAAAAAUUACAGAAAUGAAAUUCAUAGAA